CUAGUUUUUUUUUCUGUUUAGUGUUUUCGAUAAUGUAAUGAUUCCGCAAAAUAUAUCUGAUGAUGAUUUAAAUUUGAAGAACUUUCGUUCUUCCGAGAGAAAAAUCCAUGCGGAAUUCUAUAUGGAGACCUGAGCUGAAGAGAUAUUAUAGUUUGUUUUAAUAUUUUAUUUCAUUUUGUACGUGGUGUGUUUUAUUGAUUGAAUAUUUAUCCUGUUUGCCUCUGAGGAUGAUUGAAAAUGAAAACUUUCGUUCUUCCGAGAAAAUCCAUGCGGAAAAUUUCUGGAGACCUGAACUGAAGAGGUUUUUGUUGGGGUUACCAAGAGAUUACACUGAAAGAUUUCGUAGUUGAAAAUGAGUCGACCGAUGGAAGAAGAUACUGUGAAGAAUGAAGAAGAGGAAUUUAACACCGGGCCACUAUCGGUUCUGAUGAUGAGCGUUAAAAACAACACUCAGGUUCUCAUCAACUGUCGAAACAACAAAAAACUCCUAGGCCGAGUGAGAGCUUUCGACCGCCACUGCAACAUGGUUCUGGAAAAUGUCAGGGAAAUGUGGACCGAGGUGCCGAAAACCGGGAAAGGCAAGAAGAAGGCAUUGCCGGUUAACAAGGAUAGAUUCAUCAGCAAGAUGUUUCUGAGGGGAGAUUCUGUUAUUAUUGUUCUUAGGAAUCCCAAGUAAGUUUAGCAUAGCCUGUGCUCCCAGUUGUUGAACUUCUGUAGUUGUCUGUAUUCAACAAUGGAAAACAUCUUGCCUUGUU